AAGAGUGGAAAAAAUAACUAAAGUUAACAAUGGAUUUGAGCUAUUUAGAGAAGAAGAGAGAAAAAUAGUCGGCGUUGUGUCCAGAAGACUCGCAAUGCUGGUGGUGGACUGAGCUUUGUUUGCCUCUCAAAUCGGGAAUCACACCAUGAGAAUCUCUUCACUUGUACACGUGUAAAACCCUUUCCUUUCUUCACCCAUUAAACCUAUUUUCUUAUUAUUCAGCUUAGUGGAGAGACAGACGGAAUUAAAGGUUCCUUCUUUAUUCUUCUCACAUCCGAUUUUGAUGACGAUGGGCGUUGAUUUACGCUGAAUUCGUGAUGGGUUUUGGCGUUUUGAGUUGAGAAACCUUAAUUUCUGGGGUUUUGUUAAUUUCGUUUGCUACAAAUCCAGUAAUCAAGGGAGAGAGAGAUAGUGUGAGAGAGAGAGAGAGAGAGAGAAGAACGUGGUUUUCCGGGUAACCGGAGGUGAGGUUUCAGGCGAGAAGAAAUGGAUGGAGAAGGGAUCUCUGAUGAGAGGAAAGUGGAAAUCAGAAAAAAUAAGAACGGGAGAAAGGUUAUAGUUGAGAAAUCUGCAGCUGAAGGCUUACCUGAAGGAUGGAUCAAGAAGCUUGUGAUAUCAAACAGAUCAGGCCGUAAAAGAAGAGAUCCAUUCUUCAUUGACCCUCAAAGUGAGUAUAUCUUCCCAUCUUUCAAAGCUGCAUCACGCUAUGUUGAGACUGGUGAUAUUGGACAUUAUGCACGCAAAUUCAAGGAAAGCGAUACCGAAGAUGAUGAUUCCGGAAAUGGCAAGAACGUUUUUCUUAUGGAGCCUGCUGAAGCUUUAUUGGAAAAGGAAAAGAACAUUGAUAAUAAUGUCAGAGAUAGUAAACAGAGAAGUAAUUCAUCUUCUUCGUGUGAACAUUUUGAGAAUGGUAAAACCAACUCCAACUUGAGCAUUGUAAACUCACAAGUUCUUGGGGAUUUGGGGAAGAAGAAAGAUGUGAAAGAUCCUAUCGAGAACCAGCCCAUUGCAAAACGUGUUACGAGGAGCCAAGCUAAAGCAAGUAAGAUUGAUGAAGAAGUAAAUGUAAUAUCCAGACCGAGAAGUGGAAGUUCACAAAGUCCAGAGAAGAAAUCUGUGGCGAAGGAGGAAGAUGUAAGAGAUUCUACUGAAAACGGGAUCCGGAGGAGUAAGGCUAUAGUGAAGAAUAAUGAGUUAACUAUACGUGUAGCAAGAAGAGCAUCAAAACGAUUAGCUGGUAUUGAGCUUGAAACUACCCCUGAACUGAAUACAAGAGCCAAAGCUCAACGAGUAGUACCUCUUGAUGAUGAUGAUGAUGAUGAUGAUGAUGGCACAGCUGGAAGUGGCAAGCAACCUGUGAAUCCUAUUGCUGCUACCAGCAUCUUGAAAACGAUGGAUACACCUAUAACUAAGGAAGUAACCAAAAGCUAUAAUACCGAACAUUCAUCUCCAAAACCAAAUCCUGCUGGUUCUACAAGCAUGAAUCUUGUGAGUGCAGAAUUGGAAAUGCAGAUAGAAAAUAUCGGUAAACCAGAUGGCAGGAACGUCUCUGGAGACAAGAAAAAGACGAAGAUGCCACUGAUGAUGACAUCUGAGGCGGAACUGAAUCCAGUUUUUCGUCUUGAUGGUUACAAGCAAAAGGAAGAAAUGUCGCCAGGGUCACCAUUAUCUCGCAAAACAUCUGCAACAAAGCGUGAGAAGGCAGGAGCAGGCAAAAAUUUGGGACGGUCGAGUACCAAGGCUACUAAAGUUACCAGUCCAAAAGCAACUGAGGUCUCGCCUUUGAGAUCAUCAUCAAAUAAAGGAGAGCAUCCACAUCCUUCUGGUAAAAGCAAUGCCACACAGAAGAGAAAUAAACUAAGCAGCAACUCAUUUGAAUCGUCUGUUGUUAGAGGCACAUGCUCAGAUGUGAUGGAGAUGAAUAAUACCACCAGCUUCUCCUCCCCUUCCUCUGCAGCGUUUGACUUAACUCUUGCAGAUCUUUGGAAAGAUCCUUGCAUUGCCUUUGCUAUCAAAACACUGAUCGGAGACACCCUUCGUCUUCCCAACAACAUUGCAGUAGUCUCUUCUGAUCCGAAUAGCAAUCAUGCCAAGCAGAAAGGAGUCACCUUUCUACCAGAGACGCCUCAAAAUGCCAACACAUACAUUGGAGUGUCUAGCGAAUCACCAGCGGGUAUGGAUAUCUGGAAAGACCCGUGUAUCGACUUUGCUAUAAAAACCCUGACAGGCGCAAUCCCAAUAGGGUCAAAUGAACCAGCUGUAAAACCAAAACCUGAAGGGAUGACCAUGACAUCAUCAGCAAGACAAGAACAGGAAGGUAGGCCAAGCAGCAGCAGCAGCUGUGAUUAUGUAGUUCAACAGUGUAGUAACAACAUGAAGAACAAGACCAUGGGGAAACCUGGGGAUCUAAGGUUUUCACAAGCUUUCUCCAAGGACUAGGUUGUUUUGUCUUUUUAGUAGUAGACUAGUAGCAGUAGUAGUUUGAUGAUGCCAAUCUAAGAUCACUUUUUGUGGUCAUGUUCUGUAUAUAUACAAAUAUGUAUUAUAGUUUGAUGUAUCGACAGAACUUGUAAACUCAUAAAGACAUGUAAUCUUGUUUUUAUUUUCUACUAGGUGACCGGCCUGCACCCUGUGUGGGUAUAUGCAGAUUCAAA